AUAUUAGAAUAUAUAUUAAAUGCUAUAAAAAUAAAUAAAUAAAAAUUUAAAAAAAAGCCAUAUACUAAAGCUACCACAUAUCUUCAAAUCAUGCCUGAAAAACGAGAAAAACAACCAGCUCCAUCCGUUCAAGUCUACGGAAGAAAGAAAACAGCGACUGCAGUUGCACAUUGUAAAAAGGGCAAAGGACUUAUUAAAGUGAAUGGCAGACCAUUACACUUCAUUGAGCCACGUAUAUUGAGACUUAAACUACAAGAGCCCAUUUUAUUACUUGGAAGUGAACGUUUUAAACAUGUCGAUAUAAGAGUUAGAGUUAAAGGUGGUGGUCAUGUAUCUCAAGUGUAUGCAAUUCGUCAAGCCAUUUCUAAAUCAUUAGUAGCAUAUUAUCAAAAAUAUGUUGAUGAAGCUUCCAAAAAAGAAAUUAAAGAUAUACUAGUAAGCUAUGAUAAGACACUAUUAGUUGCAGAUCCUAGAAGAUGUGAACCCAAAAAAUUUGGGGGUCCAGGAGCAAGAGCCAGAUAUCAAAAAUCUUAUCGUUAAAAAUAUCAAUCUUUUUUUAUUAUUUUAAACUAUUUAUAUGAAUAAAAUUAAUAGCUAUUAUGAUCUUGA